AUGAGAGAGCUCAGCUUGGUUCUCCUGUGCCUUCUCCGCAUCUCCAGGAAGGGUGUGCAGUGCAAUGGCUGGUCUGUCCACGUCCCAUCUGACGUUACUGGAGAGCUUGGGAAGAUGGUUAUCCUGCCCUGCACCUUCACACACCCCUACAAAACAUUUGACCGGGCCCUCACGGCCAUCUGGAGGAUCAAGGAGCCUUACAACGGCACAGUGAUCUUCAAGUGUGUGAGCCAGAGCAGCAGUGAGCUCUGCAAGACUGCCAUCAGCCACAAGAACAAGUACAAACUGCUGGGCAAUCCCCGGCACAAGGACCUGUCCAUCAGGGUGGACAACCUGACCUGGAGCGACAGCGAAAGGUACUUCUGUCGGGUGGAGCUGGCUGGAGAUAUCCAGGACAAGUAUGAAAGCAGGAAUGGGAUAAAGCUGCAUGUGAUUGCCGCCCCCAGGAUCAUUAACAUCACGGUCAGCUCCAGCAGGGACCACACCUUCCAGGCCCGCUGCACGGCCGAGGGGGAGCCAACACCCGCCCUGACCUGGAGUGGGCCCCCCUACAGCAACCUGAGCUCCACCAGCAGCUCCAGCCACCGCGUCACCAAGGAGCUGCGAUCCCUGACCCACGAUGGGAAAUACACCUGCACUGCUGUCAACAGCCACGGCAGGGCAGAGGGGGCCAUCUACUUCUACAAAUUCAGAGCCUCCGACAGCUCCUCCUUCAUGAUCCUGAUCUUUGUCCUACUGGGAAUCAAGGCGGUCAUUUUGCUGGUGAUACUGAGCUUCAGCGCUUUCCCCAGAGAAGGCCACAGCUGCCGGAGUGCACCUACGAGAAUUGUGACCGCAGACACAGCCAGACCCAGCCCAGGGCAGGGGCAACGCCCAGGUGCAGCUGAGGGACCAGCGGGACCCAUCCCCACGGAUCUCCUUCCCCAGGGAGCACAGAACCAGCCUUGGCUGAGGCACAGGGGUUCAGACCAGCCUCGGGGAGCUUGGAACUGCAUCAUCCCUAAACUCCCUUCCACAAUGCAAUGA